UCCUCUUCCUCACUGCAGUAUGUGAGCUCUGAAAAUGGCCUCUUCACUGCGACUCCCGCUCUCGCUUUGGCUUCCAAAACACCCAAACCAGAGCUUCCAUUUUUCAAACCCAAAAAUACCCUCAAGAUUGAACCUUAUUUACUGCUGCUCCUCCUCCGCUGCCACUGCUCAACAAACCUUAACCCACACUGAAAAAUGGCAAUCCGUUCGAAAGAAGAAAGUGGUUCUCCGAGUCGGGUAUGUGGGCACCGAUUACCGAGGUCUGCAAAUGCAAAGAGAUGACCCUUCAAUAUCUACUAUUGAAAAGGAACUGGAAACUGCCAUAUUCAAGGCCGGUGGUAUUCGCGAGAGUAACUUCGGGAACCUGAACAAGAUUGCGUGGGCCAGAAGCAGCAGAACCGAUAAGGGAGUUCACUCCUUGGCGACAAUGAUAUCAUUGAAAAUGGAAAUCCCUGAAAAUGCGUGGGACGGAGACCCUUAUGGCAUUGCUCUUGUGAAUCACAUCAACUGUUACCUUCCUCAUAAUAUCAAAAUUUUUAGUGUUUUACCUGCACAGAGGAGCUUUGAUCCCAGAAAGGAGUGUAAUCUCCGUAUGUAUUCAUACCUCCUUCCUGCUGAUGUUAUUGGAAUCAAAAGUCACUUUAGCACAGCUGAAAUUGAUGAUCACAUUGCAGACUUCAACGAUAUACUAAAUGCUUUCGAGGGUGAACAUCCUUUUCAUAACUAUACAGUACGAUCUAAAUACAGGAAAAAACUUCCUGGGAAGAAAUCACCUAUAUACUGCAAUAUGUCAAAAACAGAAAGAUCAACUGUUGAGGCAUCAGCCUCCGAGCUUGAGGGAAGUGACGAUGAAGAUGAGUUCGAGGGAGAAAAUACAACAGAAACUGAGGUACUGAACCAAAAUUCUGUCCUGUCCAGCAGUGGGAAUGAAAACUUACUGAAAGCAUGCAAGAAGCAGGAAGAUGUUCUGAAGGAGAAAAGUACUGAUUCAGUUAUCCGUGCAAAAUGGUUAUACGAACCUGAUGAGAGCGAUAGAAUCGGUGCUUCUCAUUUCAGAAAGAUAUUUCGCUGUUCUUGUGGAAAGCUUGAAAAAUCGCUGGCACAUGAGUAUGUUGAGCUCUCCAUAUGGGGAGAGUCUUUCAUGUUACAUCAAAUUCGCAAAAUGGUUGGAACUGCUGUGGCCAUAAAGCGCAAGUUACUCCCAAGAGAUAUUCUGACAUUAUCACUGGUCAAGUUCUCACGGAUAAUCCUACCCCUUGCUCCAUCUGAAGUUUUGAUCUUAAGAGGAAACAGAUUUUCAAUUAGAGAAAGACCUGGAAAUGUAACAAGGCCUGAAAUGAUUGCAAUGGUUGAAUCAGAAGAAAUUAUCAAACAGGUUGAUGAGUUCUUCACAUCUGUAAUGUUGCCUCAAGUUGCAAACUUCUUAGAACCUUCAGGAUAUCCUUGGCAAGAAUGGAUUGAAAAUUUGGAUAGAAACACAGGUAUUCCAGAUAUAGAAUUGGAUGAAGUUAGAAAUGCUUGGAAAGUGUGGAAGGAAAGGUUUGAGAGUGAUGCAUCAAUCCUAAAGUAAUGAGAGAAGAACCAGCUUGUUACCGUCAUUAAUGUAAUCUUACUUGGCUGAAUCAUGGAUUAGAGUUGUCCAAAAGUAUGAAGGCUUAUGCUAAUGAUUGAUGAGAGUCUGGAGAGUUGCAUUUUGAACUGACUAACGAAGAAGUUAAAUGAUUUGAAGGCUUAUGCUACUGAAGGAUGUCGCUUUCUAUCUGAAGGAAUUAAUCGUCAGCCAUCAGCAUUUAAUUUGCCAAGAAGCACCGCUGUUUGUAUGUUUUCCUUUACAUUUUCAAAUGAAUGAAUCACACCAUUCCUUGUGCCAUUUUGGCAUCAAAUGUUUGUAUGCUCAAAGCAUUUUUAUUCAAAUGAGAGAUGAACAUUUAUGGAA